AUGGGUAAUUCUGAAAACAAAUUGAUCAUUACAAUCCUUACUUACCGUGCACGGGUUCACGUAGCAAAGGCACAAGCAAUGCCCACCGAAGCCCCACGAAAAUCCACUAGCACAAUUCAGAAUACAACCGGUCGGACGAAUCCAACAAGCGCCGGUGUUGAGGACUUGGCCGAAGGCGGUGUGGCACCAAAGUCCCAAUACCAAAAGCGGGAUGAAGCGCUGUAG